AUGGAUCUUCGCGUCGCAACAAUCGUGCACCUAUACAAGCGAAAAGGGAAUCGUCAAGUCUGCGACAACCACCGCGGCAUCUCCCUACUGAACAUCGCCAGGAAGAUCUUCGCUCGCUUCCUGCUCAACCGCCUCAACAACCAUCUGGAACAGGGCCUUCUGCCGGAAAGCCAAUGCGGCUUCCGUCGUCAUCGUGGGACCACGGAUAUGAUCUUCGCAGCCCGCCAACUUCAGGAGAAGUGCCAGGAGAUGCGGACCCACUUAUACUCUACCUUUGUGGACCUGACGAAGGCCUUCGACACGGUGAAUCGUGAAGGACUGUGGAAGAUCAUGCAGAAAUUCGGCUGUCCGGAGCGAUUCACUCAGAUGGUGCGUCAGCUGCACGACGGUAUGCUGGCGCGAGUCACGGACAACGGAGCUGUCUCAGAGGCAUUCGCAGUGACCAACGGAGUGAAGCAGGGCUGUGUGCUGGCGCCAACCCUCAUCAGGCUUAUGUUCUCUGCCAUGCUGAUGGACGCCUACCGCGCCGAAUGCCCUGGAAUCCGCAUCGCCUACAGAACGGACGAUCAUCUUCUGUAUCACCGGCGCAUGAACUUCCAAUCGCGUGUAUCCACAGCCACCGUGCACGAACUUCUCUUCGCCGACGACUGCGCCCUGAACACCACCUCCGAAGCGGAGAUGCAACGCAGCAUGGACCUGUUCUCCGCCGCCUGCGAGAACUUCGGUCUGAUCAUUAACACGCAGAAGACGGGGGUGAUGCACCAACCUCCGCCCAACUCAGCCACAGCCCCCAACGCGCCGCAAGUCAGCGUGAGUGGGACCCAACGGCAAGUGGUAGAGAACUGCCCGUACCUGGGAAGUACCCUAUCUCGCAACAUCAAGAUUAAUGACGAAGUCGCCAACAGAAUCUCGAAAGCCAGUCAAGCCUUCGGACGCCUCCGAAGCACAGUCUGGAAUCGCCACGGUCUCCAACUGAGCACAAAGCUGAAGAUGUACAAGGCCGUCAUCUUGCCGACGUUACUGUACGGAGCAGAGACAUGGAUGGUGUACACGAGGCAGGCACGCCGACUGAAUCACUUCCACCUCAGUUGUCUCCGUCGCAUUCUGAGGCUGAACUGGCAGGAUCGAAUACCCGACACGGAAGUACUGGAACGAACGGGAAUCCUCAGCAUCUACGCCAUACUGAGACAAAUGCAGCUGCGCUGGAGCAGCCACCUGGUGCGCAUGGACGACGAGCGACUACCCAAACGACUCUUCUACGGAGACGUCGCGACGGGUUCUCGUCGUCAAGGAGGCCAAAUUCGCCGUUACAAGGAUACUCUGAAGUCCUCCCUGAAGCGCCUGCAAAUCAACCCGACCAACUGGGAAGAGCUCGCCCGCGAUCGUCCGACAUGGAGAAGGACAGUGAAGACGGGCGCUGCUAUCUACGAAACCAACCGCAUCGCCGCAGCCAAAGUGAAACGCGAAGCCCGCAAAUCACAACUUCGCCCAAUACGCAACGCCGCCGCACAACCGCUUCCUACGUGUCCUCGGUGUCAACGGAGAUUCCGGGCACGAAUCUGACUUGUUGGACAUCUUCGGAUCAACUGCUCCUCUCGAACUGCUCCAGCCAUCGUCCCCCCGCCCGCCUCUUCCUCGUCAUCUCUUCCGCCAACUAACUCUGACCUUCCUUCUGCACCACCACUUCCAUCCUCCUCCUUAUCCUCCACUGCCGCAGCGGCGGCCGUUCAGACUGCCGUCUCACUCAUCACCAACCCCGACACAACAACCGCCACCACCCCCACCUCUCCCGAUCCUUGUGAUGAGGAUCAGGACUACACCUGCUCUCACUGCGACCGCACCUUCACCUCUCGCAUCGGCCUGGUCGGUCACUUGCGAAUCCAUCGCACAGAGACUGGUGAACCAGUGCCUGGAGCACCAAUCUACACCCACCGCACUCGCCUCCACUGCCCACAAUGCCCUCGCACCUUCCGGCAUCGCAUGGGCCUGUUCGGCCAUAUGCGCAUCCACGAGAGCGGAAUUGACCGCAGCCUUGACUCACCCACCCCGCCGAGCCUCACUCCCAAUCCAUCACCCUGUGCACCCACUUACCACUCCCCAGCCGACAUCGACGCCACCGACCUUACCACCCCUCACUCCUCCCCUUUCUCCUCCUCUUCCUCCUUCACUGCCAAAACGACGGCCGCUUCGGCGUCUGUCGCCCACGACAUCACCACAGCCGAACCUGACACAACAACAGGCACAACCCCUGCAACCUCCAUCAUCAGACGUGAGGGCCAGGACUACAUCUGCCCUCACUGCGAUCGCACCUUCACUUCACGCAUCGGCCUGGUCGGUCACUUGCGAAUCCAUCACACAGAGACCGGCGAACCAGUGCCUGGAGCACCAACCUACACCCAGCGCACUCGCCUCCACUGCCCUCGCACCUUCGCGCAUCGCAUGGGUCUAUUCGGCCACAUACGCAUCCACGAGAGCGGAAUUUACCACAAUUCCGAUACAGGCACGACAUCCAACACAUCCACCACGCCCAGACCCAUCCUCGCUCCACCGUCACACGCGCCGACCACCACCACCGCCACCAUCACCACCACCAACACCACUGCUUCCUCUACAGCUGACGCCGACACCGCCGACCUCUCAUGCCCACAUUGUCCACGCACCUUCACCUCACGCAUCGGCCUGGUCGGUCACUUGCGAAUCCAUCGCACAGAGACUGGCGAACCAGUGCCUGGAGCACCAACCUACGCUCACCGCACUCGCCUUCACUGCCCACACUGCCCUCGCACCUUCACGCAUCGCAUGGGUCUAUUCGGCCACAUGCGCAUCCACGACGUCCUGCGGUAG